AUGGCUACAAAAUCACCAUCUCUUAUUAGUUCUCCAAUCGACGCAGAAAGUCUAACUCUUGGAGAGCCCAUGGACCUGAUGACAGCUCUUCAACGUGUGAUGAAGAAAUCAUUGGCCUAUGAUGGGCUUGUUCGUGGGCUCCAUAAAGCUGCCAAGGCAAUUGAAAAGCAUGCUGCACAACUUUGUAUUCUGGCUGAGGACUGCAACCAGCCUGACUAUGUCAAGUUGGUCAAAGCACUUUGUGCUAAUCACAAUGUGCAUUUAGUAACAGUACCAAGUGCAAAAACUCUUGGCGACUGGGCUGGGCUAUGCAUGAUCGACUCAGAGGGAAAGAAGAGAAAAGUUGUGGGUUGUUCAUGUGUCAUUGUCAAAGAUUAUAGUGAAGAAUCAGAGGGCCUACAUAUAGUUCAGGAAUAUGUGAAAUCCCACUGA